UCAAUGUCAAUGUGUCGGUUGCACUUGCAAUGCAAGUAAGUUUAUCUCGGAAAUUUUAUUAUUUUAUACGUGGCAAUUGAUUUACUCAUAGUCUCAUAGGGUUUACCUUGUCCUUAUAACCUGUAUAAAAAUGUCUAAAAGAUCUCAACCUAUCUGGUCCUCACCCUCGGCGGCGGAAAGACCUGUGUUAAAACUAUUCAACAGUUUAACACGACAGAAGGAAGUAUUUGUUUGCUCUAAAGGAAAUAAGGUUAAUUGGUACAGUUGCGGGCCAACAGUGUAUGAUGCCUCCCACAUGGGUCAUGCCAGGUCAUAUAUAUCUUUUGAUAUAUUAAGAAGAAUUAUGACAAACUAUUUUGGAUAUGACAUAUUAUAUGUUAUGAAUAUUACUGAUAUUGAUGAUAAAAUAAUAAAAAGAGCAAGACAGAAUUUUUUGUAUGAUAAAUAUAUAAAUGAAGCUAAACCUCUAAGUGACACAAUAGAUGAUGCAACAUCUGUUGUAGAUUACUAUGAGCAAGUGGUCAAAGACACCGGAGACCCAGUUAAAAAGAACACUAUGCAGAAAAUGUUAGAUAAUGUUGCAUCUGCUGUGAAAUCAUUGAAACAGGCAGUGGAAAGUAAAAGUGAUGAAGAUAUUAUCAAAGCAAAAUGUGAUCUAUUAAAAUCAGCAAAAGAUCCAAUAUCCGAAUGGCUGGAUAAAAAGCUUGGCUCUACUGUCAAAGAUAAUGCAAUAUUUACAGCCCUGCCAAGGUAUUGGGAAAAUGAAUUUCAUAAGGAUAUGAAAGCAUUAAAUGUUUUACCACCAGAUGUACUGACAAGAGUGAGUGAAUACAUACCACAGAUUAUAACAUUUAUACAGAAAAUAAUAGACAAUGGUCUAGCAUAUGAGUCAAAUGGUUCAGUUUACUUUAAUGUGAGCGAGUUUGAUAGUAAAGAAAAACAUCAUUAUGCACGGCUUGUCCCUGAAGCAUAUGGUGAUACUAAAUCUUUACAAGAAGGAGAAGGUGAUCUAACCGAUGACACAGUUGAGAAGCGUUCUGCCAAUGACUUUGCUUUGUGGAAGAGCAGUAAGGCGGGCGAGCCGUCGUGGGAGUCCCCGUGGGGUGCGGGCCGGCCCGGCUGGCACAUCGAGUGCUCCGCCAUGGCGGCUGAUGUCUGCGGCGACAAGUUGGACAUACACACUGGUGGUGUUGACUUGAAAUUUCCUCAUCACGAUAACGAAUUGGCCCAAAGUGAGGCACAUUUUGAUAAAGGUGGUUGGGUAAACUACUUCUUACACACGGGUCAUUUGACCAUCGCCGGCUGCAAAAUGUCCAAGUCAUUGAAGAAUUUCGUCACAAUAUCUGACGCGUUGAAGAGACAUACCGCGCGUCAGUUACGUAUAGCCUUUUUAUUACACGGCUGGAAGGAAACCCUCGAUUAUUCUGACAAUACUAUGGAAAUGGCGAUACAGAUUGAAAAACUAUUUAAUGAAUUCUUCCUCACUGUAAAAGAUGCGUUGAGAAGUGGAUAUCACGAAGGUUGCGGAGGUCAGUGGGGGCAGGAAGAACAACAACUAGCUGCUAAGUUGAGUACUGUUAAGGAGCAAGUGCACGCUGCAUUGUGUGACAACAUCGACACUCGUAGCGCAAUAGACGCGCUGCGGGAGCUGGUGACUGCAUGCCACGUGUACUUGCGUGUGACGCCGCCGCGCCCCGCCCCGCUGCUGGCGGCGGCCGCGCGCUACGUCACAGACAUCCUGCACUUGUUCGGUGCAGUGGAGGGGCCACGCGGAGGGAUAGGCUUCCCUGUUGGAGAUGCUGAUGGACUCGGUUUGGAAGCGGCCGUGAUGCCGUACUUGGAGGCGCUGGGCACGUUCCGUGCACAGGUGCGCGAGGCAGCGCGCGCAGCCGCCGCCACCGACGUGCUGGCGCUCUGCGACGUGCUGCGUGACAGCGUGCUGCCCGAGCUGGGCGUGCGGCUCGAGGAUAGAACUGAUCGCACCGUCGUCAAAUUAGUGAGCAAAGAAGAAUUAAUGAAAGAAAGAGAAGAGAAGAAGAGAAUAGAGGCAGAGAAGCAGAAGAAGAAACAAGAGUUAUUAGAAGCGCAGCGCGCGAAAGAAGAACAGAAGAAAAUACCACCUAGUGAGAUGUUUAAACGAGAAGCAGACAAAUACUCAAAGUUUGACGACAAGGGUCUUCCCACUCAUGACCACGAAGGCAAAGAAUUGAGCAAAGGGCUUCUAAAGAAGUUGCAGAAGCUGCAGCAGGCGCAGGAAAAGAAAUACAACGAAUACUUGGCCUCGCUCAACACCUGCUGAUGACAUAGUUAUGUAUUUAUUUGUCUAGGGAAAUAACAUAUGCGGUACUCGAGUUGGCACGUGGAGCGCAGGAAUAUGUUCCCGACGUGUCAAAUUCAUUGCAGGGUACCAUAA